AUCAAUUGCUAAUAGGAGAGUUAGUAUUAAAUUUUUAUUACUUACUUAAAAAAAUCAGCAUGAAGCAACAGAAUAUUCAUUACUACCUUUAACUUAAUUUACAGAUUAAAGCUAUGUCAUUGGACAGAUUUUGUGGGACAGAGAUAGGAGCAUCAGUUAGUCUCAUUAUUGGACGGCUUGACAUUGACCACAGACACACCACUACAAAAAAUAGGGAGGUGGCAACUCCGAUCAAAUUGGCUGGACAGUCCACUCCUAUCCGUGAUUCUGCACUGAACCUUUCAGCUCGAUCAACAUCAAAAUGGAGUGUGUCACAUAUUGAAAGUUUAUCCUGUGAGAGGAAAGGGGCCUUUGCACCAAGGAAACUUUAUGGUGAUUCAGAGACCACUGAUUACCAAGGAGAAUUGUCAUCCACACAUUGUUCAAAGGUUAGUUGUGCGAAGUUUUUAUUCUGAUGCAGAGGAUUGCACCCAGCGUUUCUAUGGCCAUGGCCUGGGUAGUAGAUUCCUUGGUGUUCUCU